AUGUGUCCUGAUACCGGACUGGAUCUCCCAGUUUCGGCCCAGCCGCUCGUUGGUAUCCUCAGCUUCCAAAACUUUCUGAUUCUUAUCGGGGGUAUUUUGACAGUCGUUUCAUGUUCUAUGUCAUUCUAUCAGGUGUUCCGGCACGCAACUAAUUACACGAAGCCAGGAGAGCAGCGGCAGAUCAUCCGUAUAUGUUUGCUAGUACCUGUCUACAGCAUAUCGGCUUUACUCUCCAUUGCAUUCCACAAGAAGCAUGCCUACCUCAACGGCGUCCAUCUUCUUUACGAGGCGUUUGCGUUGGUGGCAUUCUACGCCCUCUGCUGCGAAUACGUCGAAACCGAUCGAACAGAACACGCGGUGUCGUGGGAUCAGAAUGGACUGAAGAAGUGGUUUUUCACACGGCCAUUCGCUGCGUGUUUUCCCGCUCUCGGGGGCGCGCACUAUACACACCAGAAACCCAACCAAGGCUGGAAGCGGUUCAACCGGAUAUGGUUCUGUAUUUACCAGUACCCAUUUGUCAAACUUCUUGUGACUAUAGCAUCAUACGUUACGGAAGCCAAUGGCAUGCUAUGCUCUGAGGAUGGGGGGCCCAAGUAUGCUGACUUCUGGCUUAACAAAGUUGUGACAAUUGCAACGCUGGCGGUAGCGAUGAAUUGUCUUUUUCAGUUUUACUAUCAAUCCCAGGAACUACUAUCGCCACAUAAACCAGUUUUAAAGUUCCUAGCCAUCAAGAUUGUCGUCUUUCUUGUAUUGGUACAGGGUUUUAUCCUCGACGCCGUCAUAGGCAGAGAAGACCAGCCUCUCGGCCCCACAGACAGAAUAUCCUACACUUCCCUUGAAAUAGGAAUUCCUAAUCUGAUUCUCUGCUUGGAAAUGUUUGGAGUUGGUGUCCUGCACUUAUUCGCGUACCCAUGGUCUCCCUAUGUCGCCACUGCCACCGCAGUUCCCACCCCCACUGCUACUAGCGUUGCAACAAGCGGAAAACCAGGGGCUGAGGGCAUCAGGAUCUUGGUUGGUGUACUGAGGCGCGACGCGCGCUGUCAAGGUGGGUUACUCGGGUGGCGCGCAUAUGUGGAUGCUCUCAACUUUUCAGAUUUCGCAUUGGCGUUUUAUCGGGGCGCCUUUUUGCUUUUCAAACGCCAGCCAGAAACAACUCAAGAUACAUCACACUGA